AUGUCAAAAGGUAGUGGGUUGAAGAGAAAACAAGGACCAAUCCUUAGAAGUCAGAAGAAGGCUGAAGCAAAAAGGUCAAAGAAGAAUGGGGCAACUCAACCCAAGCGUUUAGCAAUGAAGACCCCCAAUGUUUUAGUAAACAGGAAAAAAUCAACAGUUCCAGGUGCUAAAAAAUUCUUGAAUGAAGACUGUAAGGAGAAAUGGAAGAUUAUUAGCAAAAGAGAUGUAAUUGCAGAAAGAGUCAUUGAUGAGGCUGCAUUUGAUCAGUAUGGAUUGAUAGAUUUCUUAAUUGAAAAGGGACUUAUCAAAUCAGUCACUUUCGGGAAGUACUAUAGUCAUGCACUUGUUCAGGGAUUCUACUGUAACUUUUCCUUAGAAAUGAAGUCUCCCAGGUCUGGUGACUAUCAUCAAAUAUAUGUUAGAGGAAAGAAAGUGAAGUUUUCACCAGAAAUAGAAGCCCUAAUAGGAGGGAAGUGUAGCACUUGGGGACCAGAAUCAAGACUGUCUACCUCAAAGCUAACUGUCAAGUACAAUGUCCUGUUCAAAUUAGGAGCAUACAACUGGUUUCCAACUGCUCACACAUCUAGCAUACUGAAAGUAAUGGCUAUGCUGUUAUAUGCCAUGGUCUCUGGAAAGAAGUUCAAUCUCGGACAUGGGAGGAACCAAUUGCAAGCACCGAGGCUUCCUCCAGGACCCAAGGAAUGGCCGGUGGUGGGGGCGCUGCCACUUCUGGGGAUGGGGAGCAUGCCGCACGUCGCGCUGGCCCGCAUGGCGAAGCGCUACGGGCCGGUGAUGUACCUAAAGUUAGGAGUAGUUGGUGUGGAGGUUGCUUCCACCCCGGAUGCUGCCAAAGUGUUUCUCAAGACACUUGAUGUAAAUUUCUCCAACAGACCUAUUGAUUCUGGUCCUACUAACCUUGCUUAUGGAGGUCAUGAUCUUGUAUUUGCUGAAUAUGGACCAAGGUGGAAGUUGUUGCGCAAGCUUUGUAAUUUGCACAUGCUUGGGACUAAAGCACUUGAGUAUGACAAUGAAAUGGGACACACUAUUGGCACUAUGCUAGAAGUGAGCUCGAAGGGGAAGCCUGUGAUGCUUGCUGAAUUGCUCAGCUAUGCCAUCGCCAACAUGAUCGGCGAAGUAAUGCUGGGAGAAAGGGUUUUUGUGGAGACGGGAACCGAGGCAGAGAAGUUUAAGGACAUGGUGGUGGAGCUUAUGACAUUGGCUGGGUUGGUGAACUUUGGGGAUUACUUGCCGAUGUUGGCAUGGAUGGAUUUGCAAGGGAUCGAAGGAAGAAUGAAGAAGUUGCAAAAGAAGUUCGAUGUGCUGUUGACAAGGAUGAUCAAGAAGCAUACAGAAAUAGCUCAAAAUAGGAAGGGGAAGCCGGACUUGUUGGAUGCUAUAAUGGCUAAUAGGGACAACUCUGUCGCUGAAAGGCUCUCCGAUGAUAGUGUCAAGGUUGUUCUAUUGGAUUUAUUCACGGCGGGGACGGACACAUCAUCAAGCACCAUAGAGUGGGCAAUAGCGGAGAUGCUAAAGAACCCAACCAUCAUGAAGCGAGCCCAAUCUGAAAUGGAUCAAGUUAUAGGCCGGAAUCAUAGGCUAACUGAAUAUGGCAUUCUAAAUCUUCCCUACCUACGAGCCAUCUGUAAAGAAUCAUUCCGUAAACACCCUUCCACACCUCUCAAUUUGCCACACGUGUCCUCCCAUGCUUAUGAAGUUAAUGGUUACUACAUCCCAAAGAAGACCAAGCUUUUAAUCAACAUCUGGGCAAUUGGGCGUGACCCAAAAGUGUGGAAGGACCCACUAGAGUUCAAUCCAGAGAGGUUCUUAACAGGUCAGGCUAGCAAGAUGGAUCCGAGAGGGGCUGACUUUGAGUUGAUCCCUUUUGGGGCAGGGAGAAGGAUUUGUGCGGGUGCAAGGAUGGGAGUAGUGUUGGUGGAGUAUAUAUUAGGAGUGAUGAUUCACUCUUUUGAUUGGGAGAAUGGGCACAAGAAUGAGUCAAAGAUGAUGGACAUGGACGAAGUAUUUGGGCUUGCGCUCCAAAAGAAAGUACAUGUUUCUGCGCUUGUAAGACCACGCUUAGCUCCUGCUGUUUAUUCAUGA